CAGCACCCUCUUACAAAGGAAGGUCAGAGCCCAGAUUUCAAAGAGUCAGGGAACUCAGGAGUCUUCAGCCCCAUCCUGCUCUUACAGCUGGUCAGCCGCCAGAAGGAUGAAGGUGAUCCUGGCUACCCUGGUCUUCCUCCUCAUUCUUGCUGUCCUCCACUCUGAGGCCAAUGAAGAACCAGUUAAUAAAUUAACCUCCCAUCUGUGCUGUUUCACCUACAUCUCACGGAAGGUCCCACUCCGGAUUGUGAAAGGUUAUGACAGGACCAGUGACCAGUGCCCCACACCAGGGGUCAUCUUCCUCAUGCAACAGGGCCGACAGAUCUGCGCCAACCCCAAUGUUGCCUGGGUGCAGGAGUACAUCAGACACCUAGACCACGCGUCUAAGUUGUCUGGGAGCACUGGGGCCCGCAUGGCCAAGGGAGUGUGAAGAGACGCCACGGAGCCCCCUUCCCUCCCCAACUCUCUCAGCCCCAGAAGGUCCCUGGGAGUUGUCCUGGUCCAAAUUGAAACUCUUUCUUGCUUUUCUGUGCUCCCAUUCUCUAAUGAAUCCUGCUCUUUCCUGAAGCUUCGCUUUGACACUGCCGUCUGGGACCUGAGGACACUGUGGCCCCCAGACAGCAUCUGUCUCCCCUUUGCAGGCAGCCAGUUGUUGAAAUAAAGCCAUGCCCCAGAAAGGAAACUGGGUGGUUUGAACUGAUUCUCUCACA